CUUUUGUCAAUUCCAAUAAUGGCUGACAGUUCUUCAACAAACCCACCAAAGGAAACCAAAAGUUGGGCAGACCAAGCUGAUGAGAUCGAUCAAGCCGAGGAGCAAUCUAAUGAAGAAGAAGAAGAAGUCAAAAUUGGAUCUCUACAAAUAGAUGAGUCCAAAACAGUCAAUUCAACUCUCACUGAACCUGAAGAUUUAUCCAUAGAAGCCGUUACAUCUGGCGACACUCGGUACAAAUCAGCGAAGAGAUUUGAGGAUUUGAACUUAUCUCCGGAGCUGUUGAAGGGAUUAUAUGUAGAGAUGCAGUUUGAGCGUCCUAGCAAAAUUCAAGAGAUUAGUUUGCCUAUGAUUCUUACGCCGCCAUACAAGAAUCUAAUUGCUCAGGCUCAUAAUGGUUCUGGUAAAACUACUUGCUUUGUGCUUGGGAUGUUGAGUCGAAUUGAUCCAAAACUUGCUGCCCCUCAAGCUCUCUGUAUUUGCCCAACCAGAGAAUUGGCUAUUCAGAAUAUGGAAGUGCUAUUGAAGAUGGGGAAGUACACUGGGAUAACAUCAGAGUUAGGUAUCCCACCAGAUGCUGCCAACUAUAUGCCCAUUUCAAAACGCCCACCUAUUACUGCCCAAGUAGUAAUUGGCACACCUGGAACCAUAAACAAGUGGGUAACAGCAAGGAAACUGGGGAUGAGUUGCAUGAAAAUUCUCGUAUUUGAUGAAGCGGACCAUAUGUUGGCAGAGAGUGGUUUUCAGGAUGAUUCCGUAAGGAUAAUGAAGGCAAUCGUUAAAGCCAGCGCUGACUGCCAGGUGCUUCUGUUUUCUGCAACGUUUGGGGAAAAUGUCAAAGCAUUUGUGACAAAAAUUGUUAGAGAUCUUUUCGUUAAAGAUUACAACCAAAUGUUUGUGAAGAAAGAAGAACUUUCACUGGAAUCAGUGAAGCAAUAUAAAGUGCAGUGUCCGGAUGAACUUUCAAAAGUCGUGGUGAUUAAAGACAAAAUACUCGAACUGGGACAGAAGGUGGGGCAGACAAUCAUAUUCGUUCGUUCAAGAAACAGUGCAAGUAUGUUGCAUAAAUCAUUGGUUGACUAUGGCUAUGAAGUGACAACAAUUCAAGGUGCUCUUAAGCAAGAAGACAGAGACAAAAUAAUCAAGGAGUUCAAAGAAGGAUUGACACUAGUUCUUAUAUCAACUGAUCUUCUUGCUCGUGGGUUUGACCAAUCACAGGUUAAUUUGGUGGUUAAUUAUGAUCUCCCUGUGAGACAUGAGAGUCCAUCCGAGCCAGAUCAUGAGGUCUACUUGCAUCGGAUUGGUAGAGCAGGGCGUUUUGGCCGCAAAGGUGCCGUAUUCAACUUGCUGUGCGGUGACCGAGACAACAUGAUAAUGUCAAAGAUUGAGAACCAUUUCAACCAUCAAGUGACUGAGAUUACCUCAUAUAAGAGCGAUGAAGAUUUUGAGAACGCUCUGAAGAAAGCUGGCUUGCUGUAAGCUGAGUAGAAUCCGCUGCCUUUGUUAGUUAGCGGGUCUCACGAGGUGGAUGCACUCCAUUGAUCAUAUUUGAUUGAGUUGUUGCCUCAUUAGCCCCACUUUCAAGAACUCCCUUUUUUGACAGUGUAAAUUUCAUUAAAGCGGCAUCAGCAAUAGACUGUAAAUGAUGGCUUGUUUAUAGUGAUUUGGUCUUGUCUGCGUCUGGUUUUUCUUCCUUGUCUUGGUAAAGUUGUUUCUAUUUUUCUCUUCUACGAAUUUAUGCAUGUAAAACAGAGUACAAUGGUUUUGUACUGUUGACACAGAAGAGGACUAGGGUGCUCCUGAAAAGCAGAAGUUGCUAUUAUCAUCAUUCGAA